AUGAUUGGCAUAGUGACGGCUAAAUCUGGAGAUAUAUUCAAAGUUGACGUUGGAAGGAGUGAGCCAGCUUCUUUGUCUUACUUGGCAUUUGAAGGUGCAACGAAAAGAAACAGACCUAAUGUGCAGGUUGGCGAUCUCAUCUAUGGCCAGUUUGUGGUUGCUAAUAAAGAUAUGGAACCAGAGAUGGUCUGCAUUGACAGCUGUGGACGAGCCAACGGGAUGGGUGUGAUUGGACAAGACGGGCUGCUUUUUAAAGUGACUUUAGGCUUAAUUAGAAAGCUGUUAGCUCCGGAUUGUGAGAUCAUACAGGAAGUGGGAAAACUCUAUCCACUGGAGAUUGUAUUUGGAAUGAAUGAAAGAAUAUGGUUUAAGGCCAAGACCAUUCAACAGACAUUAAUUUUAGCAAACGUUUUAGAAACUUGUGAACAUAUGACAGCGGAUCAAAGGAAACAGAUCUUCUCCAGAUUGGCAGAAAGUUGAUGUAUGUGGACUUUUUUAAUGGAUCAGUUGAGCCAAGAGACUGUGGGUUUCCUGGGGGAAACUUUUUUCAGGUAAACCUCUUGUUAAAUCUUCAGAAGAAAAGAUGUAAAUGUAUAUUGUCUUAUUAGAGUCCUAAGUAUUUU